AUGUCUAUGUCUGUUGCAAGCGAUACUACGAAAAACUCGCCUGCCCCAACAAUUUUCACCAGCAGCAUCACAUCCAGUGUCCUCGCUAACGGUUUUCCCGGAUCUGGGGUGUUCUUGGAGUCAACUGCAUUUUCUGAUGAAGAAGUGUCAUUAGAAUCGCCUCGGUCCCCCUUCACGUCCACCCCUCCCUUCUUGCCUGCUCGUCCCUUGUUAGUGGAUGUUCCACAAUUCGUCCACAAUGAACCAAGUGACCCGUUCAGCCCCAUCAUCACCAUCAUUGCGCAGAGCAUCGAGGCUCAUCGCAUCGACGUUCUUUUCACACAGGCCCUCAUUGUGUUAAGGGAGGAGCUCCGCGAAGUAGCGCAGAAGUAUCAAAACCUCAAAGAAGUCUUCGAUAGCGUAUUGGCCAGUGGAGAGACGUCUAUCUCACUUUCAAGGUAA